AAAAGCUAGGCCCAGAGUUAAGCAGGUUGGGGAGGGUGGCAGAGUCCUGCGCCUCUCGGGGCCAUGGGCUGCUGUCAAGACAAGGACCGUCAGACCUCUGAUGACCAAGCAAGAGAGGACGGGAACGAGGAAGGCAGGGAAGGCAUCGGAGGCGAUUUGGACAACACAGGCCGCCGCAAACAAAGAUCUAACGAAAGUCUUCUGAUCACCGUGCUGUGGCGCAGGCUAUCCAUGUUCAGCCGUCGGGGGUCAAGCAAGAGGCCCUCAGAACAGACUCAAAAGCAGGACAGUCAGAUCCAGGAGCGCAAACGUGAGGGAAGCCACAAGGAACCAGAAAAGGGCUGACUCCAACCCUGUUCUCGUCCUC